AAUGUAUGCUGUUCAAUCAGUGUCCCAGGGCACAAGCUCAACUGACCAUCAAAAAUCUCAAUUUCUUUUUGCGGGAGCUUAUUUGGAAAGGCUUGAGUGUUACUACACUAAUGCCUAUUUUCUCCGCAGACCUAAAUCCUUUCCCGGCUUUUCCAUUCCACUUAAAUGGACCAUUUUAAAGACAUAGAUCUCCAGAAGAGGGGAAGACGCUGCCCUAAUCUAAACAGCGCCUUGUCGAUGGUGAGCGGAUGAGAUUAUGUCGGCAUGCCUCUCUUUUUCUUUCCACACGGUUUAGGAGCAAUGGGCCUUCAGACCCUGGCGCCUGCACUUGGCCACAGAUAGGCGACCAGGAGAGAGGUGUCCCGUUUCAGCAUGUUUGCCCUUUGGCACAAAGGGCUUUUUUCGGAAAUACUGACCUGAUGUCAAGGGAAAGCAUCAUCGUGGCCAAAUUUUGUUGCGGCAUAUUAUCUUAUCCAUGGAUUGCCGAGACAGGAAACGAAGAUAUGCCUAAUCUUAAAACCACCUUAGUGAUGAUGGGAAGAACUGUGAAGUCGUGGGACCAUUCAGCAGAGACAAGAAGAUGAUAAAAGCCAUUCGAGUUACCAGAUAAACUGCACCAAUUACUUAGGUGUGGCACCAAAUUAAGGAUUUUGCUGCAUAAACUUUUUAAUUAUACAAAAUUAAAAGGCUUUUGUACUGCCUUUUCAGUGUUAACUGCUUUCUUUUUGGAAAAUAAAAACAUGUAAUAAAAACGUCCUUACCUUUAACACCUUUAACAGUCUGUGGGGAGUCGAUGGUGUUAAUAUUAUUUCAUAAAUUAGGCCUAUAUGUCUUCCGGACACAGAGAGAAGGAGAGAGAGAGAGAGAGAGAGAGAGAGAGAGAGAGAGAGAGAGAGAGAGAGAGGCCGACUCUCUCUGUCCCUCCCCCGCUUCAGGACGUCACUGAAAGGGAGAGGACAGCAUCUUGGCUGACCCAGCUCUUUCUCUAGAUAACUGAAUUCAGCCAACCAAACAGGAUCGACCUCUCUCCUUCUCUCUCAGCCCUCCAGCCAUAGACACACAGCCAGAGGAGAGGGAUGUCACAGCUGAAAGAAAGCCAGUCUUCCUCGGUCUGCAUGAAAAACGAGCAGUGCGCGACCAGUCUUCACGUUUACGCACGGGGCAUUUACUUCUUUUACGUGCCGUCCGGAGACAAAUUGAUCCAAUUUUGGGCCUGUUGAUUAUUUGUCAUCUCUCUGUUUGUGGUAAUAAUGCUUCCCAGCCCGCUCAUAACUUCUUCCACCACGCCUUUUUCUGUGAAGGACAUUCUGAAGUUAGAGCUGCAGCAACAAUCUCAGGAGCACCAGCUCCAGUUUAUCUCUUGCUUCGAUCUCCCUGGCGCGCUGGCACAGCCGGGAGCUUUCCCAAAUAAACAGUCCCGCUCUCAAUCACCGCCCUCCUGCAUGUUGGCCGGUAGGGACAGCCCAAGUCCCAUUAGCUCUGGUCUCUCGGAGAGCGAAGAGAAGAUGUCGUACCUCAACACGCUGACUGUACAGGACCGGCUGGCGGAGUCCGGUCUGCCGGUGGAGACGUUCGGCAACCCGGCGCAGCACCACUCUGCAGACCUCCGGCUGGAGACCGAGCCGGAGGACCAAGAUAACAAGAGCUGCGGUGCGUUGCGGGGUGAGUGUGAGGAUCGAGACUCGGAGAAGCCCGCCACCAAGCAGCAGAGGACCAGGAGGAAACCCCGCGUCCUCUUCUCUCAGACUCAGGUGUUUGAGCUGGAGCGGCGCUUCAAGCAGCAGCGUUACCUGUCGGCCCCGGAGAGAGAGCACCUGGCCAGCUCCCUGAAACUCACCUCCACCCAGGUCAAGAUCUGGUUCCAGAACAGGAGAUACAAAUGCAAGAGGCAGCGGCAGGACAAAACUCUGGAGAUGGCAGGUCAUCACCAUCACCACCACCCACCACCGCCGCCUAGGAGGGUGGCUGUGCCGGUGCUGGUCCGGGACGGGAGGCCUUGUCUGACUGGAUCCCAGAACUAUAACACUUCUUACACAGUCGGAGCUCCAAACCCGUAUAGCUACAAUGGCUAUCCUGCCUACAGCUAUAACAACUCGGUGUAUACUAACACUUACUCUUGUACUUAUUCUAGUUUACCUGCUCUGCCGCCCAGCAACACCACCGCUAGUGCUUUUAUGAACAUGAAUUUGGGAAACCUUGGUGCACAGACGCAAAGCCAGGCUACCCAAGGACCAGUCGUCACGCCCUGCCAGGGAACUCUGCAGGGCAUCCGGGCAUGGUAGCAGCUGGGAGAAACUUCUCUGGGAUGACUAAAUGCACUCAAGCAUGUCAUCCUGUUCAGUUAAUGCAAUGAAAGCACACUUUAAAACUCUGUAACACAUUACAGAACGUAUAGGCCAUUUGACUGUAACUCAAGGCAGGCCUAUAAGGAAACGCUAACCCUCUGAGCCACAAUGUUUAAAACAUAUUAAACCUGCUGUUGGAUAUUUGAUCAUCUGAUUGAAUGUUGCCGAUGAGCAAAGACUGUGCGUAACGUGGCCUGUUGGGGUUCAAAAUGGAUGUAAUGUGCGACAAAAAUAAAGGGAACUUGUUUGGACAUUUUCAUACAAACAAAAGUUUCUAUUCUUAAUAUAGCCCAUAAUGAAUUCAUUAUUGGCCUAACAAGGUUCAUGCAAUUAGAUCCCCAAAUCCAUUGCAAGAAAGAAACAAUAUGGACCACAACUGCUAGGUAUUGCAAUCUUAUAAAGUAUUGUGUUUUAAAAAAAAAUCUUUUUAAAAGUAAAGCUAAGUGAGAGAGAUUGAACGGUAGCCUGUAUGACCUGAUUAAAACGCUUUUGUGUAAUAGGGCUGUUUUACGCUCAAGUUACAAUAACGAUGAAACGAAUCACUGAUGAUGAAAUUAAAUGAUAUCAAACAUAAUGACACAA